UUUCUUCUCUUAAUCGAAUGUAGAGUGUAGACAAAGCAUCUACUAAACCAAACACGCCCUUAGGUGAAGUGGUGAACAUUCGCGACAUCGUUUCCUGGAGAAACUGUAGUUGCUAGAAGAUGGUACUAGAAUGUUCUUGUGUGAAACUGAUGCUGUUCAUCUCAUUUUCUGCCAUAGCUCUUGCUUCUUCUUCUCCAUGCUCUAUCACUGAGUUGCCACUGGUGAGAAAUAUCAGUGAGAUUCCUCAGGAUAACUAUGGCAGGCCAGGUCUCUCUCACAUAACUGUUGCAGGCUCAAUCUUGCAUGGCUUGAAAGAGGUUGAAGUAUGGCUUCAAACAUUUUCACCCGGAACACGCACCCCAAUUCACAGGCAUUCCUGUGAAGAAGUUUUUAUUGUUCUCAAAGGAAGUGGAACUCUUUAUCUUGCAUCAAAUUCACAUGGAAAAUGCCCUGGACAGCCACAGGAGCAUUUUGUCUUUCCAAAUAGCACAUUUCAUAUUCCGCUUAAUGAUGCUCAUCAGCUUUGGAACACCAAUGAGCAUGAGGAUUUACAAGUUCUUGUUAUAAUAUCCCGUCCGCCAGUUAAAGUGUUUAUAUAUGAUGACUGGUCCAUGCCUCACAUUGCAGCUAGAUUGAAAUUCCCCUACUACUGGGAUGAACACUGUUAUCAAGAUACUCCAAAAGACGAACUAUGAUUAACUGUCAAGUUUUACGCAAUUUUAUUGCUGGGAUUUGCUAUCGCUGUAAAGUAUACUUUUUCUUAACUAGAUGUUCAAAAUGGUUAAGACUGCUUCAUAAUGUUUAAUAUUGUAUCACCGCUUCACCGGCCAUAAAUAUCAUCUAAGUACAAAAACUUCA